CUAGCACUUUCAUGAGUCGCCUCAGUACUGGGCGCGCCCAAAGUCGAUAGAGUUCUUUGUCUGAUUGAUAUUCGUUAAUCAUUACAGUUUUUGGUGUGAAACUCAUGGUAGUGUAAUGGACAUGUGAUUUGGAAAAGUGUUUUCUGGAAAAAGUGGAACAGUGGUUUUGAUUAACUGAGGACGUUUUUAAUUGACACAGCAUUAGAUACACAAUGCCUUGGGUUCCGGCAUUGCUGUUGGUAGCCAUCGCUACCGGUGCGCACGCGCAGUCGACGGGACAGACCAGCGUGGCGCCAGAUCUGCGCGAAUGCUACACAAACCCGUGGCUGCUGAACCGGAACAACCUACCUCCAACCACGAUACAGACCCUCAUUGACAUCAUCCGCCAGAUUGAAGACAAUCCUAAUGUCAACGUUGAUAUGAGGACGAUGGCCGCUUUGCUGCUACACACAUACCGGCAAGAUGGUAUCGAGUACCACAGCAGAGACGGCGUUGCGUCCGCAAAUGUGUUGCCUUUCUCUCCAACGUUCCACUCCUUCCACCGACACCGGUUGCUGCUGAGGAUGAUCCCUAGCAAUCUGCAGGCAUUGCCUAAUAACACUCUUUCUGCCCCACUAAAGUGUGCUCUUCACCACAUGCUGUCUACCACUGUCGACGCUCGACUGCGUGGUGACGAAAGCAGCUGCGGCCAGCUCUCCCAAUAUCGAGCAUUGAGAACUUCACGCUCAGUUCGGUCAGUUAAAGACGAUGUCGAAUUACUUGAUGUGUCUAAGCUCAGAGGAAGAAAUGGUCAGAUGCGUCAGUAUAAUCCCAAUGACGAUGUGGAGUCCACAGGGUCUUUCGGACCCAAAAGAGCUCGCCAGUUAAUGGGUGACAGUGCUUGUCCUAUCCUGACCGGUGUAGUCAAGACCAAAUGGGGCGAUGUCUCCGUGGGCAACCUGAUAGCGGGAAUUGCCGCGGGCACUGAAUCACAACAAGUCCCUAUUACGGAACUUAUCAGGGGCUCCACACUAAACUACCAAAAUGUCCAAACAACUCUUACUUCAAUUUUUCCAGCUACACUGUCAGGUGAUUUAGCUGAAGCUGUCUUGAUUCAGGGGACACGGGGAAGCCAGAUAAUCUCUGUUGGCACUGCCGGCCAUUGGAACAGCACUCAAGCACAAAGAUUCUUUAUGCUGAGUGAACGCUCGAAUGUUGAAAUGACAGACCCCGAGAUUCGUGGCGGCAUAGACGGUUUUGUUCUAGGAAACAGUUCAGCUGAAGGUCUGAGAAUUUACAGUUCCUUGAGAUUGUCACAGUUGCUUGAUAUGUACUUUGCACCCAGGAACGGGUUUUUCAAUACAAACUUAAGAGCCUGUAACCGCCGGAAUCUAAGUCUCACUCACAUCAAUAAUGAUGCCUUAGCAAGCGAGACAAGAGCAUUUACGGCCGCUUUAGAUUCGAUCAUGCCCCUGGAAGGAACUUUAACUGGCGGCCUCGAAGGCCUUGUACAGAGUGCUAUCACAAACUAUCAAACCUACACUUCAAAUACUAUGAACGAUCUAAACUGCAUCAUCACUGAGGCUACAUCUCCAGAUUUCCGACUAAGAACCAACUUAUACAUCGUUCUUGACUCAUCUUGGCCGUACAAUACUAUAUAUCCUGCUAUCUCAUACCUACUGGAAGCCAUCGAAGUGAACAAAUAUGGAUCAAGUGUAACAUUGCUCAGUGCAGCUGAUGGACGUGUUCUUAUAAACCAAACAUUGUCGCAGUCAGAAUUCCAUUUAUUAUACAAUGCGACUACUCAUCAGAGCUUUCCUACUGGUGUGAAUCUGGAAACCAGUCUGCCAAAUAUACGCCAACUAUUGUUGGACACUCUUCGCAAUGAAAGUAGUUCUAACUUCGUUGGUGGAAACUCUUCGGUGUUAUUGUAUUUACUUAACUCUGGCACUAUUCAAAAUAACAACAAUGUUUGGGAACAGGCUCGUUUACUUAGAGAAGGCGUCCCAGAUACAAGGCUUGUUUUUGGAACUUCUUCAAAUCAAGUAGAAAAUCUAUCUAAUUUGGUCCGUGACCCCCAAAACGAUGUAAUAACUCUAACCCUCACAUCAACUGGCACCCAAGUUGACACUACUAUGUCCCAAGUGUUGUCUACUAUUCAAAUGACGGGGAGAAGAGUUGUAAACCCUCUUUGUGGAGCCAAUUUUGCGGCAGGAUCUUCGGGUGUGAGACAGUUUGACGAUUCUGUGGAAGCCGGCUUUAUCAACUUUUACAGAGUCAGCCCAAAUUACUUCUACCUUAAUAAUGACAACGCAAGAGUUCGCGUUUCUUUCGGCACAGCUGGAGUUGUACAAGGCAGUCUUACUGUGUGCCACUCACGUUCUGUUAUUUUACCAAGACAAAAUUCAACAUUAGAACCUGACGCCAGUGCAAUUACUUGCCAGAACGUUGUAACAGCCACCAACGUGGAUAUGAGUCUACAGAACGCAUGUAAUGGUUUUUCGACCAUAGGCGCUUGUCCGCCGCUCUACUUCUCUGUACAAGCCAACGCAGUUGGGGAAACUACUACAGCUACCUGCACAGAUGUAAAUGUUUGCCGAUUCCCAAACAGCAUCCGGUAUCAAAUCGAGGUGGAUGGACUGGGUUGCUUCAGUAACGCAACCAACCUUUUAUCCAGUGUAUUUUUCGUUUUGUUUGGAUUAAUCCUAAAUAUAGUCAGAAGCCUAUAGUUUACAUCGAAAAACACUGUAAUAAGUUUUUNGUUUGAAGUUAA